CUGGUUAUGCCUGCUGUGUGGGACAGACAGACAGACGUCUUUCAGGGAGUCUCCUACUUUGUGCGGCGUCUCCUCCUUCCCCCGCUGGGUAAGUAUCGCCUGCAUGCGCAGAAGCAAAAUCAUCGAGAAUGCCAAAAAAUCCUUGGCCUCUCUUAAGAGACAAAACCCUCGGCUUGAGCCAACGCUUGCCAUCAUUCAGGCACAUAAUGAUCAUUUGAUUCAAGAAACAAACAAGAAAUUUGCCGAAGAGGUUGGUCUACGUGUUAUUCACAUCUGUCUCCCAGAAGGCAGCAGCAAGGAUGAGAUUGUCAAUGAAAUCUUGAGACUUAAUGAGGAUCCCAAUGUGCAGGGCCUUGCCCUUGACCUCCCAGAAAGCUUAUAUAGCAGGAAGGUAUUAAACGCUGUGAAACCAGAGAAGGAUGUAGAUGGAUUAUCUGAUGUAAACCUAGGACGCUUGGUGCGUGGCGAUGCCUAUGACUGUCUAGUUCCUCCUACAGCGUGUGCUGUGAUGGAGCUUCUUGAAGAUUUAGGGAUUUCACUUGACAGUGGAAAGACGGUGCUGCUGGUGGGAGCCAGCGGGGCGGUGGGUGCUGCCUUGCAGUGCAUGCUGCAGAGGGAGGGAGCGGCGACCCUGAGCUGCCAGUGGAAGGCCCCUCAGCUGCAGACCAAGCUUACCUCUCGCAGCAGGUCGCUGAUGGGAAACAGAAUAGGAGGCCUAAGCAGGAGGCAGUUUGAGGCUUUGCACAUCAGUCUUCCCAAGUUCAUUUUAACUUUUGGCAGUAAAGGAGUUUCUGCUUUGCCUGGAGGACUAAUCAGCAGAGCUCGGAGGAAACCUACCUUCCUCGUCU